AUGAUCUCUGUGCAGGGCGACCAUCGCCACCAUCAUCUUCACCCCCAGCUCCCCGGCUCUGGCAGCAUAACUCGCCCUUCCUUCACUGCUGAUCGGGUCGAGUCUUUCUCCGUCAAGCCUGAGCCUUCGGCACUCUCUCUACUGCCGUUGCAUCGUCAUGAUUCUAAUGAAGUUGAUGAAGAUUUGCACAUAACUCUUGCACACCAAAUGUACAAGACUGGCAAUUACAAACAAGCACUUGAGCAUAGCAGUACUGUUUAUGAGAGAAAUCCACUCCGCACUGACAAUUUGCUACUUCUGGGCGCAAUUUAUUAUCAGUUGCAUGAUUUCGACAUGUGCAUUGCCAAAAAUGAAGAAGCACUUCGAAUUGAACCUCAUUUUGCCGAGUGUUAUGGGAACAUGGCAAAUGCAUGGAAGGAGAAAGGCAAUAUUGACCUUGCUAUUCGCUACUACUUGAUAGCCAUUGAGCUUCGGCCUAAUUUUGCUGAUGCAUGGUCAAACUUAGCUAGUGCGUACAUGCGCAAAGGAAGACUUAAUGAAGCAGCACAGUGUUGUCGUCAAGCACUAUCCAUUAAUCCUCUAAUGGUUGACGCCCAUAGCAACUUGGGGAAUUUAAUGAAAGCUCAAGGGUUGGUGCAAGAAGCAUACAGUUGCUAUCUUGAGGCGUUGCGCAUUCAACCCACUUUUGCUAUUGCAUGGUCAAAUCUUGCUGGUCUGUUUAUGGAAUCUGGUGAUCUCAACCGGGCACUUCAGUAUUACAAGGAAGCUGUGAAACUCAAACCCUCCUUUCCUGAUGCAUAUCUGAACCUUGGGAAUGUAUACAAGGCUUUAGGGGUGCCUCAAGAGGCUAUUGCAUGUUAUCAACAUGCACUGCAAACUCGACCAAAUUAUGCUAUGGCUUAUGGUAAUUUGGCCAGUACAUACUAUGAGCAAGGCCAACUAGACCUGGCAAUUUUACAUUAUAAGCAAGCUGUGGCAUGCGAUCCCAGAUUUUUGGAGGCCUAUAACAAUUUGGGCAAUGCGCUAAAAGAUGUUGGCAGAGUAGAGGAAGCAAUCCAGUGCUACAAUCAAUGCCUUUCAUUACAACCUAACCAUCCGCAAGCACUCACCAACCUUGGAAAUAUAUACAUGGAAUGGAAUAUGGUUGCUGCUGCUGCUUCAUAUUACAAGGCUACAUUGAGUGUAACUACUGGACUUUCUGCUCCUUUCAACAAUCUUGCCAUCAUAUAUAAGCAGCAGGGGAACUAUGCAGAUGCCAUAUCAUGCUACAAUGAGGUUCUCCGCAUUGAUCCUUUGGCAGCCGAUGGGCUUGUAAACAGGGGCAAUACUUAUAAGGAGAUUGGUAGAGUUAGUGAUGCUAUCCAGGACUAUAUACGAGCCAUUGCUGUCAGGCCCACGAUGGCUGAGGCCCAUGCCAAUCUGGCUUCGGCGUAUAAAGAUAGUGGACAUGUAGAGGCUGCGAUAAAGAGCUAUAGACAAGCAUUGAUACUUCGUCCAGACUUUCCCGAAGCUACUUGCAAUCUUCUGCACACGCUUCAGUGUGUCUGCUGUUGGGAGGAUCGUGAUAAGAUGUUCAAGGAAGUUGAAGGGAUAAUCAGACGGCAGAUCAAUAUGUCUGUUCUUCCGAGUGUCCAGCCUUUCCAUGCAAUAGCAUAUCCUCUUGACGCAAUGCUUGCUCUUGAAAUUAGCCGUAAAUAUGCUGCACACUGCUCCUUGAUUGCUUCUCGAUUUUCUCUUCCUCCAUUUAGCCACGCUGCUCCUAUUCCAAUCAAACGUGAGGGAGGCUUUGAGAGACUAAGGGUUGGGUAUGUGAGCAGUGAUUUUGGUAAUCAUCCACUGUCUCAUCUCAUGGGAUCUGUUUUUGGCAUGCACAACAGGAAGAAUGUUGAGGUGUUCUGCUAUGCUUUAAGUUCAAAUGAUGGGAGUGAAUGGAGACAACGCAUUCAGUCUGAAGCCGAGCACUUUGUAGAUGUAUCUGCCAUGUCAUCUGAUAUGAUUGCUAAAAUGAUUAAUGAUGAUAAGAUUCAAAUUCUUGUCAACCUUAAUGGUUAUACAAAGGGCGCCAGAAAUGAGAUAUUUGCUAUGCAACCUGCACCUAUUCAAGUUUCAUAUAUGGGGUUCCCUGGAACUACUGGGGCUACUUAUAUUGACUACUUGGUCACUGAUGAGUUUGUUUCCCCACUGCAGUGUGCACAUAUCUAUUCUGAAAAGCUGGUCCAUCUUCCCCACUGCUACUUUGUAAAUGAUUAUAAACAGAAAAAUCAGGAUGUGUUAGAUCCAAAGUGCCGGCAAAAACGAGCAGAUUAUGGUCUGCCAGAGAAUAAAUUUAUAUUUGCAUGCUUUAAUCAGUUGUACAAGAUGGAUCCGGAGAUCUUUAAUACAUGGUGCAAUAUUCUCAAACGCGUGCCAGACAGCGCGCUCUGGCUCCUGAGAUUUCCUGCGGCUGGUGAAAUGAGACUGAGGGCAUAUGCUGCCGCACAAGGGGUCCAGCCAGAUCAAAUUAUUUUCACGGAUGUUGCCAUGAAGAAUGAACACAUCAGGCGCAGUGCUUUAGCAGACUUGUUCCUUGACACGCCUUUAUGCAAUGCUCAUACCACGGGAACAGACAUAUUAUGGGCUGGCUUGCCCAUGAUUACCCUGCCUCUUGAGAAAAUGGCCACGAGAGUUGCUGGUUCCCUUUGUCUUGCCACUGAUCUGGGGGAUGAGAUGAUUGUGAGCAGCAUGAAAGAGUAUGAGGAGAGAGCGGUAUCACUGGCUUUGAACCGUUCAGAGCUUCAGGCCCUUACUAACAGGCUCAAAGCUGUCCGUAUGACUUGCCCUCUAUUCGACACAGCCCGCUGGGUGACUAAUCUUGAAAGGGGGUAUUUUAAAAUGUGGAAUUUGCAUUGCUCUGGUCAGCGUCCGCAACAUUUCAAGGUCACCGAGAAUGAUAUCGAAUGCCCCUAUGAUAGAUAGGUGUUAGAAAAUUAGACGGGAAUGUAGAUAAGAAAAUCAAGAGAAAGUAGUGGUUAUCUUGAAUUGUUGGCGGGUGCUGUAGUAAUUCAUAUAAUACAAAUUGUGACGGACUUCGCAUCUAUUAAAGGAAAUAUUUGCUUUCAUCUUGGCUGUUAAA